AUGACUUCAGUUGCUUCAUCCGCGGCAAAUAGAAACGCCAACACCAGUGAGGUAAAGAGACACAAUAGUUCUACCGCCACCACCGAGAAUGCAGCUUUCGGAGCUGGCGCCGGUUUGAAUAUAAAGCGCGCCAAAGUUCCGGAAGACAAGACCUACGAAGAUUAUCAACGUGUUUAUAAUGAAAUUGCGACCAAGAUUUCGGAACAUUUGGAUUAUGAUAAAGGCGACGGAUAUUUUGCACAAUUGGUGAGGAAUGCAUGGCACGCUUCAGCUACAUACGCCGCUGCUGAUAACUCCGGUGGAUCCUAUUAUGGAACCAUGAUUUUUGAGCCAGAGGAGUUUGAUUUCCAAAAUAAAGGCACUGCAAUUGCUAGAAGCUUCUUGUCAUCUAUCCACGUACAGAACCCAUGGAUUUCGAGAGGUGAUUUGUGGACUUUAGCCGGGGUUGCUGGAGUUCAGGAAUGUAAUGGCCCCAAGAUUAAGUGGAGACCAGGAAGACUUGAUGAUAAUACUGGUACAAAAGCCGCACCAGCUGGUAGAAUACCUGAUGGUGAUGGAGAUGCUCGAUAUGUGAGAGAUUUCUUUUCGAGAAUGGGAUUUAACGAUAGGGAAACCGUGGCCUUGAUUGGUGCACACGUGUUGGGAAGAUGUCAUAGACAUGUUUCUGGAUACGAUGGCCCUUGGGGAGACGACUCAAACAAUUUCACCAAUGAUUUUUUUGAAAGAUUGAUGGGUAAUUGGCAUAUCAAGAAUUGGGACGGUAGAAAGCAGUAUGAAGAUGAUGCAACGAAUUUGUACAUGAUGUUGCCAACAGAUAUGUCUUUGAAAGAAGAUGGCAAUUUUUUCAAGUAUGUAAAAGAAUACGCAAAGGAUGUUGAUUUGUGGUUCAAAGAUUUCGCUGAUGCUUAUUCGAAGUUGUUGGAAAAGGGAAUAGAGUUUCCUGAAGAUAACAAACCGUUGGAGUUUAAGACCUUACAUGAGCAAACAGUGCCAAACUAA